UAACCACAAUACAGCCUAUCUCCCUUCCUCAAACAUCAAAAUAUGUCCAAAUGCACCGAAUGAACCCCAGCAGAAACUCCACGUCCCGGUGCAACACUUUUCACGUAUCCUCUCCCCUCCUCUGAGGUUUCCCAUUGGAGUUGGGCUCUCUCCCGCGUCCUCCUCGCGCUUCCAUGGCCGGCUCGUAUCCUCGCAAUGACUCGCCUUCCGGCAAAUCUGCGUCCUCCGCGGCGGCCGGCGUCGACGAGGAGACUUCCUCUGUGCUGGGGACUGGCUUAACGACUCGCCAUAUCGAGGCCUUUGGCCGAAAAGUUACGACCACCGCCGGCCAUCUCAUCGCCCCGAUGCAGGACAUUCCCAGCGGAACACACUACCAUUCCGCCGUAAAUGAGAUCCAUAAGGAACUGCGUCGCCCGUCGAUGCAGCGCAGGAUGUUUUCUCUCGCCCAGACCACCCCCACAGACCUCGUCCGGUCGAAACUAUCCACAUCCGAAAUCCAAAGUCGCGCCAUCUCGUCUCUCUCAGAUGACUUGCUAGCCAACAUCCCGGAAGACAGGAGCACCUACUCCUUGUUUCAAGGUUUCCAGGCCUCAAUGCCCGAAGAUGAGCAGGAACACAGGAAGUCACAUCGAAGGCGAAGCUCACGCGGGCAGAAGUUGUUGGAUGCCGCGGUAUCGAAUGCGGGGGCCUUACCGCCGUCAUUAUCCUCGUUAAGGAAGGACAGGGAUACCUUCAGUCGACGACUGGAAUUGAUGGGGAUAAGGAAAAAUAUGUGUAGUGCGGAGAUUCACGAGAUAGAUAACAAAAUUUCGAAUUUGCAAAGCAUGCGGAAAAUCGUGCUAGACCGCCUUGCCCGGCUUGAGAUGGAUGAGGCGGAUUUGGAACAUGACUUGGUUCAAUUGGACAAUAAACUAGAAUACCUGGAGGAGGAAGCGGCCACACGACCAGAUACUCCCAAAACCAACGAAGCUACGGACCCCUCUGUCGCAUCUGACACGCAGGCCAUGGAUGCGUCUUUUAUGUCGGAAUCCAUCUAUGAGAAAUUACCAUCUCCCAGAACAUGGAAACACAAAUCGUUAAGAAAGAGAUCCAUGCCCAUCCUCCACGAACAUUUCGAGCCAGGCUCGUUGAUCAGAGAGCUCGAAGCCCAUAAUGAUGUGAUAUCCGCUAUCGAUUUUGACGUCCCCUUUGGAACAAUGGUCAGCGCAGCGUUGGACGACACAGUCCGAGUGUGGGAUUUAAAUCUUGGCCGAUGCAUGGGAUUUUUGGAAGGGCACCACGCCUCCGUCCGUUGCUUGCAAGUGGAGGAUAACCUCGUCGCAACGGGCUCCAUGGACGCAUCUAUCCGACUAUGGGAUCUUAGCCGUGCAAAAUACGCACCCCGGGAUAAUCACAUUGGCAACCACGAGGAAGAUGACGAAGAUGCGCUAGGGUACGAGGAUCCGGCCGCCGCACCCCCGCCGCCCCCUCCUUCCAGCAUGGAAGAUUGCCCCCUCUUUUCCCUCGAGGCGCACGUCGACGAGGUCACGGCCCUCCACUUCCGCGGCGACACGCUCAUAUCGGGAUCGGCAGAUAAAACGCUGCGACAGUGGGAUUUGGUCAAGGGCCGCUGCGUACAGACACUUGAUGUCCUCUGGGCUGCGGCGCAAGCAUCGUCGCUAUCUUCCAGCGAUAAUCCGUGGCGACCAACCGGCCGGCUACCGGAUGCGUCAGCGGAUUUUGUCGGCGCGAUACAAUGCUUUGAUGCGGCCUUGGCAUGCGGGACAGCAGACGGGAUGGUCCGGUUGUGGGAUUUACGUAGCGGACAGGUACACCGCAGUCUGGUGGGACAUACUGGGCCCGUGACGUGCUUGCAAUUUGACGAUGUGCAUUUGGUAACAGGGAGCAUGGACCGGAGUAUACGGAUCUGGGACCUCCGAACUGGCUCCAUAUACGACGCCUACGCGUACGACAAUCCCAUAACGAGCAUGAUGUUCGACACGCGUCGCGUCGUCUCCGCGGCGGGCGAGGACGUCGUCAAAGUCUAUGACAAGACGGAAGGGCGACACUGGAGCUGCGGCGCGGGCGUGACGGCGGCGGAAGAAGGAAAGGCGGCGUCUAUUGUGGAGCGGGUGCGGAUUAAGGACGGGUAUCUGACCGAGGGGCGGAGAGAUGGCACGAUUGGAAUCUGGACUUGUUGAGGAUACUGAAGUUGUUGGAUGUCCGGUAUAUAUCAUAACAUCCCGCCGAGACACCCGCCCCAUCUACAGCUUUUGCUCAUCUAUCUAUCUUAUCUAAGUCUGUAUAUGUACCGUAUACGGUCGUGCCUGUCCCAGUCAGUCUUUUACAAUUGAUAUAUCCCCGUCAUAUACAUCCCCGCCAAGGAUACUCUGUACUUUACAUACAUGCUUUUGAGUUUUACUUUCACUUCAUUGUCUUUUCAUUUCUUUCAUUUUCCUCUUGACUUGAUAUCGAUGAGUGGAGCUCUGGAAUAGGUGUGUUUCUAAUGAUCGAUGUAUUUAUCGAGCGCGAAAGUAUUCUCGAAAAUCGAUCUCCGGGAUGCCUAUCAUAGGAUCCGCAUAAACGAAGGCGAAGAAUGGAAGACCUCCUUUCCUACCAAGUAUGGCAACUUCGAAUAUCUCGUUAUACCAUGUGGUUUGUGCAAUUCCCCGGCCACUUUUCAAGCCUACGUUAAAUAAUCAGGCGCUGCGGGGCCUGGUGUGGAGUAUAUAUCGCAGCGAUAUACUCAUCUUUUCACAGACCAAGGAAGAACAUGACCAAACGAGCCAGCCGUUUUGUGGUCUUUUUGGCCUAGGUGGUAAGAACGUGGUUUGAGAUUCGCAUUGAGUAAAAUACUAUGAAAGGUUAUCAGGGUGCCUACCUAUGUACAUGUAUAUGUACAUAUUGAUAUCAACAUGUGGUAGGUAGGGUAGGUAGAAAGGCCGGUUGCGGUUGGCCCGCUGGGAUAUAAUCAGAAGCUAAUGGCGCUUUACUAUAUAAUAUACAAAGAGCCACACUCAUCCGUAUGCCUAUGAUUUGAUAGUAUGGGCAAAUAAAUAAAAGAGAUAUACGGAGUAUGCAAGCAGAAGCCAAGCAAUCAAAGGAAAAAUACCAUCCCCUAUAUUUUGCGCGCGUUAACAAGGAAAUGAUGAUACAA